CGAGUUUUCUGAUGCAUUUGCUUGCACCUUCUUCCCCUGCUGUUUGGUGAACCCAGCCCCCCUCUCCCCCCCCCACCGGUCUCCCAAGGAUGGAUCAUUCCCAGUGCCUUGUGACUAUAUACGCCUUGGUGGUUCUGCUGGGUCUCCGGCUAGAGCAAGGCGCCUGCCAGCACUAUCUGCACAUCCGACCGGCUCCCAGCGACAACUUGCCCUUGGUGGAUCUAAUCGAGCACCCGGACCCUAUCUUUGACCCCAAGGAGAAGGAUCUUAACGAGACCUUGCUAAGGAGCCUCAUGGGCGGGCACUUCGACCCUAACUUUAUGGCAAUUUCCUUGCCCGAGGACCGGCUCGGCGUGGACGAUCUAGCCGAGCUGGACUUGCUGCUCAGGCAGAGACCCUCGGGAGCGAUGCCCAGCGAAAUCAAAGGGCUGGAGUUUUACGACGGGCUGCAGCCGGGCAAGAAGCACAGGCUGAGCAAGAAGCUGCGCAGGAAGCUGCAGAUGUGGCUCUGGUCCCAGACCUUCUGCCCGGUCCUAUACACGUGGAACGAUCUCGGCAGCCGCUUUUGGCCCCGGUACGUCAAAGUGGGCAGCUGCUACAGUAAAAGGUCUUGUUCGGUCCCCGAAGGCAUGGUUUGCAAACCUGCCAAGUCCGUGCAUUUAACGAUCCUGAGGUGGAGGUGCCAGCGUCGGGGAGGGCAGAGGUGCACAUGGAUACCCAUCCAGUACCCCAUCAUUUCGGAGUGCAAGUGCUCCUGCUAGGGCUGGCACCUACCUGCGCUCGCCCCUCUCCAGCGGACUCACGUGGACCUUUGCUGCAACACAAAUAAGAGACAUUUGCUUUCUGGUUAACGUUGUAAUGCACUGUAACGUGUAGGAGAAUGUAUAUUGUGUGUAUAUAUGGCACCGUUUUAAUAUACUAUUAAAAGGUCAGUAUUAUACGUGAAAUAAUCAGCGUCUACUGUAUUUUUAAGACUAUUACCCUGA